UGACUAUUUCUGGUUUACGUAAUUCCUCUUUCAUAUCGUUUGCUGCCUUAGCCUCUUUCAAUUAAUCGAUUAAUGAAGUUUUUUGGCAUCUCUGGAGGAGUUGUUCGAGCUUAACCAUAAACAAGUAUUUAUUAUAUAUAUAUAUAUAUAUAGUGAAAGAAGUGUGUAGAAGCGAUUAACAGAUGAUGAUGAUGAUGAGGGGAAGGGUAAAAUUUGCUUUGAUGUGGCUUUUGGUGGUAGUGUUGGAAAGAAGGUGCUGGUACUGUUUUGGAAGGUUCGUUGUGGAGAAGAACAACUUGAAGGUGACAUCGCCAGCGUGGCUGAGAGGGGUAUAUGAAUGCGCAAUUGGGAAUUUUGGGGUUCCUCAGUACGGAGGAACAAUGAUCGGUUCUGUGUUCUACCCCAAGGCCGACAAAGAGGGUUGCAGCCCCUUCAAGGAUGCCGACAUUCCCUGGAAGAAUAAGCCUGGAGGCAUUCCGGUCUUCCUUCUUGCGGAUAGAGGAGAUUGUUAUUUCACGGUGAAGGCAUGGAAUGCUCAGAAAGCGGGCGCGGCGGCGAUUCUGGUUGCGGACGACAGGGUGGAGCCUCUGAUCACGAUGGACACUCCGGAGGAAGCGGAGUCGAAAUACGUGCAGAACAUCAGCAUUCCAUCGGCUCUGAUCAGCAAGGAGCUCGGUGACAGAAUCAAGAAGGAGCUAGGGAAGGGGGAAAUGGUGAACAUAAAUCUGGACUGGAGGGAGGCCCUGCCGCAUCCGGACGAGCGGGUGGAGUACGAGUUCUGGACCAACAGCAACGACGAGUGCGGAUCCAAAUGCGAGACUCAGCUCAACUUCGUCAGGGAUUUCAAGGGGGCAGCGCAGAUUCUGGAGCAGAAGGGGUACACGCAGUUCACUCCGCAUUACAUCACUUGGUACUGCCCGCAGGCUUUUGUGCAGAGCCAGCAGUGCAAGUCGCAGUGCAUCAACCGUGGGCGGUAUUGCGCCCCCGACCCCGAGCAGGACUUCAGCAGGGGAUACGAUGGCAAGGAUGUUGUGCUGCAGAAUCUGCGCCAGGCGUGCUUCUUUAAGGCCGCGCACAAGAUCGGGAAGCCAUGGCAGUGGUGGGACUAUGUCACCGACUUUUCCAUCCGAUGCCCCAUGAAGCAGAACAAGUACAACAAGGAGUGCGCCGACCAGGUCAUUCACUCCCUCGGGUAUGAUGUUAAGCAGAUCGACGAAUGCAUGGGAGACGUUGAGGCGGAUGUGAACAACCCAGUUCUCAAAGCAGAACAGGAAGCGCAGAUUGGAAAGGGCACUCGGGGAGAUGUUACUAUCUUGCCAACUCUUAUUAUAAACAACAGGCAAUAUAGAGGUAAGCUGGACAAAGCAGCAGUUCUGAAGGCCAUUUGUUCAGGAUUCGAGGAGACUACCGAGCCUGCCAUUUGCCUCACAAGAGAUAUGGAAACAAAUGAGUGUGCAGAGAACAAUGGAGGAUGCUGGCAGGACAAGGCUGCCAAUAUUUCUGCAUGCAUGGAUACUUUCAGGGGAAGGGUGUGUCGUUGCCCCAUUAUGCAGGGAGUUAGAUUCGUUGGUGAUGGCUACACUCACUGCGAAGCUUCUGGAGUAUUGAGAUGCGAAAUUAAUAACGGAGGCUGUUGGAAGGAAAGCAAGGACGGACGGACAUAUUCUGCGUGCAACGACGAGCACAGCAAAGGUUGCAGGUGCCCGCCAGGAUUCAGGGGGGAUGGAGUUGAGCGGUGCAAAGACAUUGAUGAAUGCAAGGAGAAGGUAGCGUGCCAAUGCCCAGAAUGCAGAUGCAAAAACACGUGGGGAAGCUACGAAUGCAGUUGCGGCGGCGAUGGUUUACUGUACAUUCAUGAACAUGACACGUGCAUUAGCAAAGACUCGAAUGCGGAUAUCACUGGGUGGGGUCUAUUGUGGGUCGUCAUUCUUGGCUUGGCCGUCGCUGGACUUGCUGGAUAUGCCGUCUACAAAUAUAGAAUCAGGAGAUACAUGGACUCGGAGAUCCGCGCAAUCAUGGCACAGUACAUGCCCUUGGAUAAUCAGGGGGAUGUACCUAAUCACAUACCCCACCCGGUUUGAUUCACUUCAAAUCAUAUAUUUUCAGCUGCUCUAUUCUCUCGUCAUCGAUUCAUUGUAUUGUUGAAUUGAUUAUUUAGAGAGAGAGAAACACAGAGAUAGAGAGAGACUCUAGACCGAAUAUUGUUGAUUCAUAAAGCCUUCAAUUUUUCAAUCAAUGAUUGCAAAUAUACAUCAAUAUUCUAUUUCGGAUUCAGCCACCAUGUACCAUA